UUCCGGAUCGGCUUUGAACUGUUUUUCAGCGGUCACUGACUUUUCACUAGCUCAGCUCAGCCCCGGCGGUCCGGCAGCAGGCAGGACACAGCCGCGCUUCAUCCAGCAGCCGCUACAGGCUUCAUUUACCUGUCCUUUCAUUGCGUCCCAGAGCGAAGUGGACCGUGUGGACGGCGUCUUCGCCUUUAUGCCUCAGAGAGAGAGAGAGAGCGCAGUGAGUUAGCUAACAGCGGCUGAGUUGUGUCUUCAGGGUUUGACUGAGCUCUGCUGCUCCUACGAGGAAACUGAACUACCUCCUUCAAGCCGCCAAAGUGAAACUUCAUAUGUGCCCUUUUACUGCUGCAGUUUUCCAGGUUGUAGCGCUCUACUUUUAAAGUAGUUCUAAGCGAUGCACUGAGGAGGAGCGCGGAGCUCGGCGUUACACGUUACAGCCGGACAGCCCCUCUGGUCCGCUCUGGAAGGAAACGUGUACGUGUGGAGUGUAAUGGUGGAGCGGAUCUCCAGUCUUUAGGCGCCCAGCAGUUCACUCUCUCUCCUCCUGAAAGACAGACAGCAGCGCUGUUAUGGUGGACAUGCUGAAGACCCGUCAGUGUGCGCUCUGUGUCCGCACUUUCUUCGGCGUGACGUCCAAGAUAUGGAGCUUCUUUUUAUACAUUCUCAGGAAACACCUAAGGACGAUAAUCCAGUAUCAGACAGUGCGAUAUGACACUUUACCCUUGUCACCGCUAUCCAGAAACAGACUCAACACAGUGAAGCGGAAGAUUCUUGUUUUAGACCUCGACGAGACGCUCAUUCACUCUCAUCAUGACGGGGUUCUGAGACCGACCGUACGGCCUGGCACUCCACCAGACUUCAUCCUCAAAGUUGUUAUAGACAAACAUCCGGUCAGAUUCUUUGUGCAUAAAAGGCCCCAUGUGGACUUCUUCUUAGAGGUGGUGAGUCAAUGGUACGAGCUGGUGGUGUUCACUGCUAGUAUGGAAAUUUACGGCUCUGCAGUAGCCGACAAGCUAGACAACAACAAAGGCAUCCUGAAGCGCAGAUACUACAGACAGCAUUGCACACUGGAUUUAGGUAGUUAUAUAAAAGACCUGUCCGUCGUACAUAGUGACCUUUCCAGUAUAGUAAUUCUUGACAACUCACCUGGUGCAUAUCGCAGUCAUCCAGACAAUGCAAUACCUAUAAAGUCGUGGUUUAGUGAUCCCAGCGACACAGCACUUCUUAACCUGCUGCCAAUGUUGGAUGCACUAAGGUUUACUGCUGAUGUCCGGUCUGUCCUUAGCCGAAACCUCCACCAGCAUCGACUUUGGUGAUUGUCCAGCUGAGAGACUUUUUUUCUUUUUCUUUUUCUUUUUCUUUUCCAACUGCUUGAGCAGCUCCUCGUCCUCUCCCUCAGCGCUGAUGGCACCUUCCCACAACACCUAGUCCGAGGGUGACUUGACGAAGGUCCAGAUCUGGACUGAACAUGUUUUAGGAAGGUGGAGAUGGAAGCUUGAAGAGGACUGGGAACAUUGUCUCAAUUUUUUUUCUUUUCCUAUAGUGUUUUUUUUCUUCUUCUUCAGAAUGGACAUCUCUGCCUUAUAGUUCUCUUGGAGGGGUUAUGUCUGAGAGGGUGACUGUUGUGCACGUAUGCGUGUGAAAGAAGCCAGUAAUUUUUUUUCUUUUUAAUUUUUGACAGUACUGAAUGAAUGAAUACUGAUGCAACAAAGAUUUUUAUUCAGAAUGUCUGGUUUGGGCCCUAUACCUCUAACUGUUGCGCAAAUAGGGGUCUGCUGAAAAAAAGGAUCCACGUCCUACAGGCACUCUGGACAUUUUGGUGAUGUUUAAUGGUAUAUAUAUCUAUUUUUUUUUUGACAGUGACCUCUGCAACCCAGCUGAAUUCAGGGUCAUUUUAAUGCUGUUGGGAUAUUGCUGAGGUACAGUCUUGAAAGACAAGUAUUUAAUGAUUUAUGUAUAAGCAGACUGUUGGUAAUAGCAUAUGGCAAAUGUGUGGGAUGUUUUUCCUUUUUUCCUCCCAGACUACUCUGCUGCAAAUUCAUAAUCAUUUUCAUACCUCUGGUCAUUUUAUUCUUGUUCCACAUUCAGUAAUAUAGAACCUAAUGGAGAGCAUUAAAAGAGUUAGGUGACCAGCACAGAUUGUUUCUGGUCAUUGAGCUGCAGUUCUUCAAAAGUAAAGAUAAAAAUGUAAUCAUAACCUGAACUUAUAGAGACUUGCAGUACAAUAAACGUUGUGUUGCAAGCCUGUAUAACUGUAUUGAACAGCUGACUGAGCAGUCACCUCUGACUUUUAUAGUCGAUGCAUAUCCUGUUGAUUUUCUCUGUUCACCUAUGAGAGAAAUUCUACUCUUGAUGAAUCAUAAGGCAGCUCCCUUGGACACCAGUCCUCAGAUCUGCACGUUACUAAUAAAACACGUGUCAGUGUCAA